AUGUCAAAACCGGUAGCCGGAAACGGUUACCGUAUUUCUCGGGCCGGUUCCGCUCAAACAUGGCGAGUUUCCUCAGGAAUUUUGUCGGAAAUUCAUGAAAUCCUGCUUCAGGAACCAUCGGCAGCGAAUUCUCGUCAACACCAUAUUCUCGCUGUGACAAGAAAUCUUCGUAGAAACUACUCAGAUCAAUCACAAGUUUCAAUAAAUGUAAUUGAGCAGCUAAAUCAGUGGCUCCACCAUGUCAAUAAUCAACUCGAAAUUGAACAUUUUUACCAAGUACACUUGGCCAUUGAUGAUAUCAUUACAAAAGUGGAAGCAGUAGAGCAAAUAAAUCGAGUUUCAUAUGGAAACCAUUCUCUUGCUUACUUUUGUCCGUACGGAGAAAAGAAGACGACAUUUCCAAAAUUUGACAUUCGGAUACGAUCGGAAACGAACGGAUUUGGCCCGAGAAAGUCCGGCCUGGAAUUCUGGGUCACGAAAUCGCCGUAA